AUGUUGGAUGACUCACCAGAAACACUGACCCCUGACUCUGCUGCAUGCCCAACCUCUUUGGAACAAAGGUGGUCUCAGCAAGCCUGUGUGAAGCCCUCUGUGAGUGGUGGUGGGCACAGAGAGUCCUCAGAGAGGAUGUUCCUAUGGGCAGGAAGCAAAGGAGCUCAGGGAUCAGGAAGUGAGAGAAGGACUAUUUAUCAGAAGGUCCGGGAGUAUGACGCGCUAGACAAGAGGAAGACAGUGACAGCGCUGAAGGCUGGGGAGGACAGAGCUAUUCUCCUGGGACUCAGCAUGAUCCUCUUCUCUGUGAUGAUGUACUUUGUGCUGGGCAUUACCAUGGUGCGCUCCUACUCAGACAGUGUGUGGACGGAGGAAUCCGGCUGCACUGUGCUCAACUCCACCAUCGUGGCAGAGAUUAACUGUACCUACAGCUGCGGCUCCGAGUGCUGGAAAAGCUCCAAGUACCCGUGCCUACAGGUGUUUGUCAGUCUCAACACAUCCGGAAAGGUUGUACGACUCUCCCACAAUGAGGAGGCACAGGACACCAACCCAGAGUGCUUCUAUGUGCCCAAAUGCCAGAAGGACUUCAAUGCGAUCCACACUGUAGUAGUGAAAAUCUUGGAGCGUCUGAAAACACAGCAGCAGGUGCUGUGUUACAUGGACCCAGGUGAACAGCAGGACAGUGCUCUACUGACACGCAUCUAUGGACGAUUGGCAGUGUUCCACUCACUCUUUUGGCCAACCUGCACCCUCAUUGGUGGAACCAUCAUCAUCGCCAUGGUGAAGCUCACCCAGUACCUGUCCAUCAUGUGUGAACAGGUGGGCAGGAUCAAAAGGUGAGAGUAAGUCCAGCGACAGGGGACAAGUGCCAGGCUACAAGGCCAGGGGACAGGAGCCAGGCUACAGGGGCCAAGGGAUAGGCUACAGUAGCAGCACAAGGUCCUGGUUUUCAUAUGCAGCCUAGGAACCUUAAGGAAGCUCUUUAUAUUCCAUUUGCGCUAAAGACUUGUGUAUGAGAGCUGAGCAACAGGAGAUCUGGGGGCUUAUAUGCCCCACAUGAUUCCUCUGGGCCUUCUGAGGAAAUCAAUAGGACUGAUAUGGGCUCCCGGCAGCUGUGUCAUGGCAGGUGAAAGUCAACGACUUUGGGGCACAAUGAUUUUUCCUGGGAUCACUUUUCUGCACCUCCAUAAGUGGCACAAUCAUACAAAGUGAUGGCUUGAAAGAAGUGGCCAACACUGGACCUAAUCUGCCCUUGAACCCCUAGACAGCAUUGAUGAUCCAUUCACACUGUGACGACAAGGCAGUGAUGCCAAGAGAGUUUGACCGAGACAACUAUGUCGAAGCAUUGUCCAGAAUACUGAUCUAAACUUGGCUCCUUGUGUUACUGGUAUUGGGUGGAGGGUUACACAACUACAGGCGGCUGGGGGCGACACCCCUAAACGAGGUGUUGCCUAUCUAUGCUGUAACCCUGGGUCUGUAGAGACUCCAUUCCAAGCUAAUAGUUUGGGAUAAACACUUCCUUGCAAUAUGGUGUAGCAGUAAUUACAUAUCACAAUAGGUCUUAGUCACUAGGAUGAUUAGAUUGAAGUACAAUGCAACUUCCCAGGGCAACUGUUCAAUACAAAAUGCCUUCAUUUCUGGCCCUAAGACUGUGAUAGAUUGCUCAGCAUUUCAGACAGGAAUUCUACAGGACCUUCUCUGAAAUGGGUAGAAAUACUGAGGCAAACUGCAUUUUCAGUGCCUGGGCGUGGCUGCAUAAAACACCUUAAGUUAAUUUCCCCCUCAUCUUUUUCUUUAAAGUUUCCUUAACUUUAAGUCAGUUGCACAAAACAUUUUAAGGUGAAUUUCCCCCUUCAAUUUAGUGAAAAGGUUAAGGGUUCCAGUGAGGUCCUUUAAGUGUUUCAUUCACUAUGGAUAUCAAUGUAAACAGCAUUUGUGGAGGCGAAUGUUGCUUUCAUCUGAUCUGGUGACAAAAGGAAAACAUCAACCAGCUAGCUACUUAGCUAAAUAAUGGAAGGUGCACAAUCCAUGGAUACAAAGCUAGCUGGCUAGUUAGCUAUAGCUACUCUGUAAGCUACUGUGGCUUGACGUACUAUAAAGCAAUAAAAACAAGUUGAGAAAAAAAGUAUCUACAAGAAAUGCGGUUUAUUAUCUUCUGAAGCCAUUUGGUUGUCCUGUCUUGAUUGUAGAGGUUAUAUUUUGCUUUCUCACAAAAUCAAAGCAUCUCUUUGACCAGCAUUUAUUCUGUGAAACAGGCUGUCUCCAUGGUAACAAGAUACUCUUUCUGCCAUACAUGCCUUCAAACUACCAUAGAACCCCUUUAAGUAUGCCUUUAACUAAUAAAAUAUUUGAGGGGCACUGCUUGUCGGCAGGGUAGCCUAGUGGUUAGAGUGUUGGACUAGUAACCGAAAGGUUGCAAGUUUGAAUUCCUGAGCUGACAAGGUACAAAUCUGCUAUAAAGCUACCUGGCUAGCCUGCUAGCUACCCACUAAGUGCAUUAACUUGAGGUACUAGAAAGUAACAAGUUGAGAAAAAAGUAACAGCAAGAAAUGUGUUUUAUCUUCUGAAUCUAUUUGUUUCUCCUCUGUUGAAUGUAGAAGUUCUAUUUUGCGAUCUCCCCCCAAAAAUGUGAUUUAUUUGACAAGACAUCACAUUCAGACAGUGAAUCAGGUCAUCUCCAUGGUAACCAGAGACUAUUACUGCCGUACAUGCCUUCAAACUACAGUAAACCCCCUUCAGUAUGCCUUUACCUAAGGGAAAUGUUUGAGGUGCUCUAUGCAACGCACUUGUAGAAUUCCCUUAGGUAAGUGGAAAUUAUUACUUAAUAAGGGAAAGCCUUAAGGGAAACACAUAAGAUGUUUUAUGCAACCAGGCACACACAUUUAUUUGAGAAGAAGCACAAAUCGAUGAUGGAAAUAAGUCAUGGCACGUUUUACCACAAAUAUUUACAGAAUGAUGAUUGCACACAUUCAGACCAAACUGGGUAAAUAUUGACAAUAUUUCAUUAUUGGUUCCAUGAUCACUAUUAUUACUGUUUGUUAAUAUUAUUUUGCUGUCACUGUCAUCUUAUGUGGUCAUCAGCAGUUUAUCCCUGACUAUAAUUGUUACAUUAUUGACUGUUGCUUACUUAUCAAUCAAUACAAACCAAUUGUAAAUGCAAUUUUGUCUUGCAUUCAUACAUUUAAAGACAAACUCCGCAAUUACAGAACAUCCCUGGUUUGUAUUUAGUGAUCAUUGGGUUGGUCAAAGUAGUUAAAAGGCUCAAGAAAUCCACAAAAAAACGGAGUCUUAGUAUAAGAGUAGUCUGUUAACUGUGAAACCAAGUCAAAUGUAUUGGUAUACUGCUUUACUUUAUGAUUGAUAGAGUGUGUGGGUGAACAACUCAUGUCUGUCCUCCAUUAAUCCUACAGUCUACUGUACAGCACAGUCCUUGGAAUUUGAAGAGUUUCAUUCCAAAAUGCUGUAUAUCCAUUUCCAUUAGCUUUUGUUGUUUAAAGAAAUUGUAAAAGAGAUUGGGGUGUUUUUUUAC